AUGGAUGUAAUGGAAAUCACUCCAUUCUUCGCGGAGGCGAGAGCAUUUCGUCGAAUCGAUGAACUCUGUACCAGCUCAGAGAGGCCAUAUUUCCCCCGAUUUCACAGCGUGAUUAACGAUCUGGACAAGUCGAUGUUUACUUUUGCUAUCCAGCCGCGCCUGGCUUCUCGACGUAUCUUAGCAGCAGAUCAUCCCAGUUCUACAACGGAGUCGGUCAAACGAUCCAGCGAUUCGGAAAAGAAAUGGUACGGUCCACUCCUUGCUAACCAAUUUCGUCAUCUCAUGACACUAUAUCGGAUUGGGAUCACCCAUGGCGAUGUGCGAGACGAUCAUUUUAGGGUUCUCGGAGACUUCUACGACACCCCGUUGAAGGAGAUAUCGCAGUGCGACAUCGAGGAGCUUGAGGAUCAGAUCUAUGAGCGUGCUGAGAGGUUAGAAUUACGGGACCACCUCUUCGAAUCUGUUCAGGAUACUAGGAAAAAUGUUCUUGCUUCGCCCUGCGGUUCUCUUUCGGAUGAAGCAUUGGAGCUAAUCGUCCUCAAAGUGAUGACUCGGCCUGAUGGUCUGUUUCUCCCUUCCCCUUGUUUUCACCCAUGA